AUGAACGCUGACAUUGGGAAUGGAUGCAGCUUUGCUGAACUUGACAAAGCGGUAUAUGAUGAUAUUCAUGCAGCCCUAACUCAGGCAAACAGAGGAGAAGUUGAGUCCGACCUUUGGUCCAACCUUGCAAAGAUAUUUCAUGACUAUCACAAAGCUUUGCAAUAUCUCGGUCCUCAAGUUCUUCCGGAAGAGCUGCGUCAUGCGCGCGGUGCUUAUCGCUGCUUAGCUGCUUGUGUCAUGCGGAAUUGUUUCGAGAAAGACUACGAUAGCAGCAAAGAUGACUCCUUCUUGGGUUCUUUGAUUGCUGAGAAUCAGGAGUUUCGCAUCAUCUAUGUGUUGUGGCGGUGGUGUAUCGACGGUGCAAAUGAAUCGAGUGGAUUUUCCGAUCUCGCACAUCAGCUGAACGAUAUCGGAGAGUUUUCCGGUUCUUUGAGAUCGAGUAUGAAGACGAUUAAGAGUGCAAGGGAAAUUGCUGUUGAUCCGGAUUCGAUUCUUAGCGCUGCAGAUCCGGUCUUCGACAAAUUCAUGCGUCUCCUGUUUAGUCUCUUAAGAUGUGGUCGAUUUGAUGAGGCUAUAGAACUUUCUGGCGAUUUAUGUGUGCCAUGGAUGCGACUACCGAUUUACACACAGCGACUUCUUGUUGAUCGAACCCUCCUACCUGCUCAUCUGAACAAGCGUGAACGACUACCUUUCCGUUUUAGAGAACUCUCUUUCCAGAUAAUGACGAAAAUGGUUAACGAGACGAAGUAUACUAUGGGUAUUCGAAUGUUUUUCGCGGCCCUUGUAGGCGACUUCAAAUUUCUUCUUCCACUUGCAAACAAUUUUGAAGAUCGUCUUUGGUGCUACGUGAAUGCUUCUGUCCAAGCCAGGUUCACUUUCAAGUUCUACUUUGUGAUGAAACUGAACUUAUCUCUCGCAUUGAAACAUCCAGUGUUCACUCCUACGACUGCAGGAGGUAUUUUUGAAGCUAUUCUCACGGCGGAUACUUCGCCGUACCAUACGCUUAUGAGCUUCAUGGUGCGCGGAGCAUGGGACGAAGCUAUAAAAUGGAUGGACGACUUUAGUAGAAAGGUUGAAGUAGGAAGUGAUAUCCGCUCUCGAUCACUAUAUCGUUUUUUCGGCCUCGUCACGAGUGCAUGUCAUGUCAUGAAGCAUAGCUUUAAGGAAGAUCAUUUAAAGAAUAUUAUCGGAAACAUGGUUGAUGUCCUGCGAGAGAAGCAGCUAUUUAGUCACAUACCGUUUUAUGCAGCUAUUUUAUCGAAACAAGAAGCACUGCAACUAAUUAGGAAUGUGAUGUCAGAUGUAAAAACGGCCGGCGAUCGUUACACAUUUAUUGAAGCACUAAAGGAAGCAGGAUUAGACGGUGAGAGUAUCGCUGUCGAGUUUGGCCGAUUUCGUAUGUUGGAGGAAGUCGACCAUAUUGAUCGCUUGGAUUGGAUAUUCGCUUGCAGUGAUAAGAAACUCCUACACGCCGUUACUGAGGCCAAUGCUGUCAUGCGUUAUUAUCUGUUACGGGACAUGGAAACUGAGGCUAAUACCGUGAUUAACGCUUGUGAGCGUCUUCAAAUAGUAGACCGCUUUGCCAGAUUAGUCAGAAACAUGGAGCAUACGGAAGAAUCUCAAGUGGAAAAGGCUGCAGAACUCGUUAUCGAUGAGUUCAACAAUCAUCGUCUUUAUUUGUCUGCCGUAGCUCACUGUACGACAUUUGCCGUCGAAUGUGCCAAGGCAUACGAUGCAGCACGACAAAAAGCCGAAGAUGAACAUGAAGAGCAUCUGUACUCGCGGCAAGGAGACCUUGUCGACCUUUCGCGACGUACUGCCUUAGCGGAGCGCAGCCAGUCACGUUACGAACACUCUAAGAUUACACUAGGCGCAUGCAAGGAAAGAACGUUUGAUGCAGUGGUAGCACUUCUACAACAUCCUGGUUGGAGGUCAAUUACGAAUGAGGUUGGUGACCACGCUUUUUCCUUAACAAUUAACUUUUUUGGAGAAAAGUACUUGGAGAGUGAUCAGUCUCGUUAUAUCGAUAAGGAUCUUGCUGAAGAUGAUCUCAGCCAAUUUCUCCUUGAUCUCCACGCUGUAGCAGGACACUUAUUGGGAUAA